GAAGACGAACAGAAUACAAUUCAAUGACAAAUAACAAUGGUGUCAAGUCGUAAAUGUGGUGAGCUGUUCAUGAACGGGCAUGUUGAACGCGAGAUGGCGGACAUGUCAAUUAAGUCACAACAUGGGAUUGAUGGUAGGAUUUCUUCAGAUUUCGAAUAAUGAGAUGCGAAGCUUUAUUUUCCUUCCUUCCAUGCGCGUGUGCAGUACGGGAGUUUGGUACAUACAGGGAUGCCUCGGUGCACAAUGCUAUCGUGUCUCUACGUGAGUGGUGCAAACAAUGCGUCUAUCAUAGCACCGGGUCUCUAUCUACUGUAGACAACAGAUGCCGUUUGGCUUCUACCAACAUAUGGGAUUGAUGAAGAAAACAUAAUAAUCUUCUAAGAAAAACUAGCAUUGAGAGGAUAGGGCCUAUAUAGAGAAGACAUCAUGGACCGACGAACACUGCAGAGUAUCUUCUGGACAAGCACUAUUUAUCUCAUCGCUUUUCUCUACAUGGUUUCCAUGGUAACAUGUCAUACAGCGCAGAGCAAGAACAUCAACCCACAUCACGAUAAUUCGGACCAGUCAAACAAAUUCAGAGAUCCUGAAUUCGUCAGAAAUAAAGAGCACGUCAAAGAACAUUUAGAAGGACAAGUUGAUACAGAAGAAAAGGAAAUGACGGACGAAGAACUUGAGUUCCACUACUUUAAAUUACAUGAUUUUGAUAAUAAUACUAAACUAGACGGUCUGGAGAUUAUGGCAGCUAUAAGUCACGUGGUACCUUUUGAACCUCCUGAAAAAGACAUGUCAAUAAUUCAAAUUGCAGAUGCAAGGGUAAAAUAUUUUGCCGGUAUCAUUGAUCAAGUAAUGUUGGAUGAUGACUUUAAUCAGGAUGGCUAUCUCACUUAUUUAGAAUACGUCUUGUCAAGACGACGACACCAAGAGGAUGAUUCCAAAGGAAUGUAAUUCUUCUUCGGGCCCACACCAAAGUUUAUGUUACUCAUCUUUAUCUUCUAUUUUUAACCAAAUCAUUUCUGUUCUAUGUUAUUUGUACUUUUCUCUAUGCGCCUUUGGCACUACGCAAGGUGGAUUUUGCGCUUUAUUUUGUUUUUUCGCCCCGAUACAAUAUAGGAAUGUUCCAGUGUGGUUGAAUUUGGUGGGUUGUCAAAAUAUUUUUUUUUCAAGCGGCUGGUUUGAAACUGAAAUGCGAAAAACCUCAACUGAAUAUUAUUAUGGUGUAAGUUUUUUUUUCUUCAUUUACGCCGAUAUAAAGGUCAAGUCAUCCUAGAAAAAUGUCAAUUAAAAUUAAUAUAGAGAACUCAGACAAGCAUAUCAUCAUAAUCGGAUGUAAAAUAAGAAAAUGCAAAUUGCGAAUGAGAGUCGAUGAUGCCCCUCGCUCACUAAUUCUUUUUUUCUUUAUUAUUGUUCGAAUUAUACAGCAUUUCAAUUUUUACAGAUUUGGCUAUAAGGACCAACUUGACUGAACCACAGAAUGUUAAAACAAUGGUUCAGGGAGGAGUAAAACUUUGUUUUACAUGACAAUGAAGACAUUAGAAUAUAUAAUAUAAUAAAAUACAAAAGCAAUAGUGAGUGACGUCAUCAGUCCGCUCAUUUGCAUACAGACCAUGAUGUGCAUAAUUAUAACUAGUGUAGUAGGUUUCACGGUACACCAUGUAUCUUUCUUGGGCAUAUGUUGGUCCUUAUUAUAAUUAUAACUGUUUUGUGAAAUUAAGCAAAACUUCAAAAUGUAAAAACUUUUUUAUUUUACACAUCCGAUUUUGAUGAAAUUUUCAGUGUUAUGCUUGUUGGAUUUUCUCUUUUUAUUCAAAUUAACUUUUUGCUGGGGUGGAGUUGUCCUGUAUAGACAGGUUUUUCAAGGUAACCGGAGCAAAAUGUUCUACCAUGAGAGGUUGUUAGCAACGGAAACUUAAGUACCAUCGACUCGUCGAGAUGGCGAGAUACGUAUACCUUGAUAAGUCGACAUUAUGACAUUAACGGGGACAUUAAGUUAUAUGUCCAGCCUGGAUUUGUUUCCAUCUGGAUGUGGUGCGUGCACGCUGAUGAUAUAAAAAUCAAAUCUCGAGAUAAAAUUUCUCGUAAAAUCGAUGGCACUUUAAAGCUAUUCUGCAGUUAGCAUCAUUAUGAUGCUGAUUUUGAUGAUGAUGGCUAUGAUGAUGAUGAUGAUGAAGAGGAGAAGGAAGAUGUUGAAGAUGACGAUGGUGCUGAUGAUGGUGAUGAUGAUGAUGAUGAUGAUAAUAACAGUGAUAGUAUUGAUGAAUUAUGAUGUCUUGAUUUGUCGAUGGAUGAUGGAAUUGAAAUAAUGAUAAAGAAAAUGUAUGAUUACUGUACUUUCUUUCUUAUUUAAUUUCAGCCUUGUUAAGCACCUUUCUUUAAACUAUAGGACAAAUUAAACUGCAUUUCCGACUACUGUGUUACCUUAUAGUAUAUGACUGAAUAUUUCAAUUUUGUGAUUUGUGUAUAUACCACCCCCCCCCCUCAUUUUGUUAAACGACUAUUAUAGGGUGCUAACUAUUUCUUGGUUCUGUAGUUUUUUAAGAAAAAUGUUAUUUCCAUUGUAUUUCAAAUGCUUAUUUUCUACAUUCCUUUUUCUUUAUUUUUCAAAACAUAUUUAGAUGUUGAUGCUCAUGUGCAAUAGUAAUUAUUUGUCACCAAAUGUAUUUUUUGUUUUGUUUCGGACAUAAUGGUGUAUACCCUGAUUCUUUUGCAAGAAGUUAUAAUUUUUCCAAUUGAUAUUGAGAAGUCCCCCUCCCUUGUUGCUGUUCAGACUGUUUAAGACUUACGAAAAGCACAUAAUCUGCACUCCAUUGAUGAGAGGAAAUUCGCUGAUAUAGCCUCAUGUCCUAAAUUCUGAUAAAGAGAAUCAUUUUAAUAAAUCACUUUUCAUAGUUGCACAUUACUUACUACACUCUUAAAAUAGUUGGGCAAAAAUGUCAAACUUUUAACCAACCCUGGGCAACAUACUGUCCACACAACUAUUGGUUAAAUUUUUUCAAAUUGGGUAAUAAAACUAAUGAUUGGGUAAUAAAUUUGCUUAUGACAAUUGGAUAAUAAUUGCCCAGAUAAUUUUACCAACUUAUAUUACCCAACACAGUGGACAUCCGACAGUAUGUUGCCCAACAUUUUAAGUGACUGUGUAUAGUACCUUUUAUGUCACACUGAUUGUUUUGCUUGCUUUGUGAAACUUAAACCAAUAUUUGUCCCCCCACAUGUUCAAAGUUCAUAGUUAUUCAACGUGCUUUUUAUAAAUAUGCAAUAAAUAAUUCGUAUUUAAAA